AUGCUCACUGGUCAUCCUUCCGUGAACAUGGUCUCCAUCCUCUCUCUGCCUUUGCCGGAGCUCUCCAAGAAACUCCGGGAUGGCUCCCUCCCUCUGGAGCAUGUCUUCUAUGCCUACGUGAGCAAGGCCCUCCAAAUCGCCACAGAAACCAACUGCAUCACGGAGUAUCUGCAGGAAAGCGAGACUCAGCUCCGGAAAGCAAAGCUGACAGGGAAGCCGGGUUUACUCUAUGGGGUGCCUGUCAGCAUCAAAGACUCCAUCAACUGCCAGGGCCAUGAUUCCACGUUAGGGUUUAUAAAAAACCUCAAUAAACCCGCAGCAGAGGACAGCGUGGUGGUGCAGGUUCUCAGGAGGCAGGGAGCAAUUCCGUUUGUCAAAACCAACGUUCCCCAGUCCCUCAUCAGCUAUGACUGCAAGAACUUAAUCUUUGGUCAGACAUUCAAUCCUCUGCUCUACACUAGAAGCCCUGGUGGCUCCUCUGGUGGAGAAGGGGCACUUGUAGGAGGAGGUGGGUCCAUCCUGGGCUUUGGGACGGAUGUAGGAGGGAGCCUGCGUUUUCCCGCUGCCUUCUGUGGGAUCUGUGCACUCAAACCUACUGGGAACAGACUCAGUAAAAAAGGAAUCAUUGCUGGUGUCCUUGGGCAGAAGGCAGUGGCCGCAGCCGUGGGGCCGAUGGCAAAAGACGUGGAGAGCCUGGCCCUGUGCAUGCGGGCGCUCCUGUGUGAGGACAUGUUCAACCUGGACAGCAGAGUGCCCCCCCUUCCCUUCAAUGAAGAGGUGUAUUCCAGCACGCAGCCUCUCCGCAUAGGCUACUAUGAAACCGAUUUCUUCACCAUGCCAAGCCCUGCCAUGAGACGCGCCAUUCGGGAGACGAAGCAGCUGUUGGAGGAUGCUGGCCACACGCUGGUGCCCUUUGAACUCACAAAUGUGGACUACAUGAUCUUUAACUUCUGCAUCAAGGGCAUGUUUGCAGAUGGGGCCACCUCCUUACUCAAGACAUUCAAAGGGGAGCUGGAGAAAAGCAGCCUGGGGCUGUUCUUCUGGUUGGCGAAGUCACCAAACUGGCUAAAAACUGUCCUCUUCUGGAUUGCCAAACCCUUUGUGCCUCGAUUUUCAGAUAUCAUAAGAAAUAUGAGAGCAAACACAGUGGAUGAAAUCUGGAGUCUUCAUCAUGAAAUUGAGGAGUUUUGCUACCAGUUCAUCAACCAGUGGAAAAAGCUGAAUCUGGACGUCAUGCUUUGUCCCAUGCUGGGCCCGGCUCUUGGCAUCGGCUACCCUGGGAAGCUCUCAGUGGCAGUUAGCUACACCAUGCUCUACAACGUCUUGGACUUCCCCGCCGGUGUGGUCCCUGUCACGAUGGUGACAGAUGAGGAUGAGGAGGAGCUAAAGGGCUACCGGGGGUACUUUCGGGACUGGUGGGACCGGACCCUGGCAAAGGCUUUUCGCGGCAGCGUGGGGCUGCCAGUGGCUGUGCAGUGCGUGGCCUUGCCGUGGCAGGAGGAGCUGUGCCUCCGGUUCAUGAAGGAGGUGGAGACGCUCAUCCUGAAGAAAAACCAGCUCAUCUGA